AUGGCUUCGCGCUCAACACUCACAUACUCAGAGCGAGCGGCUCGUCACUCGCACCCCGUAGCCAAAUUGUUUCUGGAAACAGCUGAGAGAAAGCAAUCUAAUGUGAUCGUCUCUGCAGACCUUACUACAUCAGCUGAGCUUCUGAAGUGCGCCAACGAUCUCGGCCCAUACAUUGCAGUCUUCAAAACGCAUGUGGACGUAGUUGCAGACUUCAAUGAGGACACCGUGAAAGGAUUGAAUGAACUAGCGAAGAAGCACGACUUCCUUAUCUUUGAGGAUCGCAAGUUCAUCGACAUUGGUACCACAGUUCAGAAACAGUACCAUGGUGGAGCGCUUCGGAUCUCUGAGUUCGCCCACAUUGUCAACGCGAGUAUCUUGAGCGGUGACGGCAUCGUUGAGGCGCUCUCUCAAGUUAUGAACGCGCAAAGCUUUCCUUACAAAGACGCGCGCGCUCUGAUCCUACUCGCGGAGAUGACUUCAAAGGGUAGCUUGGCCACUGAUGACUACACGGUCCAGUGCGUUGAGUUGGCGAGGAAGCAGACUGGGACUGUCAUUGGUUGGAUAGCCAAUCGAUCGUUGGAGACGAUCCCGACCCAGUCAACGCCAUCAGACACCGAAGACUUCCUGGUCUUUACGACCGGCGUCAACCAGAGCACAAAGGGUGAUAAGCUUGGCCAGCAAUACCAAACGCCAACGAUGGCUAUCGAGCGCGGAGCAGAUUUCAUUAUAUCUGGAAGGGGCAUCUACGCCGCUGAGAAUCCUAUCGAGUCUGUUCAGUCGUAUCAGAAAGAAGGCUGGGAGGCUUACCUAAAGAGGGUAAAGAAAGAGUGA